GUUUUGGCCCAGAUGGAGACGGAUUCCGGGGCCUGAGGCCAGGAAAGUGAGUCUAUCAGCCCGUGUCCGCGACGCCGGCUUCACUGGGGCUCCCGAGGGGCGGGGCAGGCUGUCUCCAGCGCUCAAGCGACAGAUGGCAGCAGAGUGGUGUGCUGGCCGGCAGCUGAACGCCAAUAAAUCUGUGUUGUGUUAAAAAACAUCUGUGCCCAGCUGGACGGAAGUGACCCUCGAGGAAGAACUCGCCUGAUUUCGGCAGUCAAGCAGAGAAUUCCAGUCCUGGCUCGAUAACUGCUUACCCACACUAGGAUGGGACCAAAUGAUAUACUGUUAACAUUAACGCACUCCACCAGCAGAACAAUUUUACUUCCCUUUUACUGGGGGCAAGGCGGGUGGGAAGGGUAGAAACAGACCGGCAGGAACUGCGAAGAGGCGACGUUUUUCAUGAGCUGCUUUUAAUUGUACUGUUUGAGACCAAGGCAUCUCAUUCCCGGUGGAGCUUGGCCACAGCUGAACAUACGGAAAGAAAAUCGGAAAAGAUCUCCCCGGUGUCACGCUUCUGUUCACAUACAAGGCUUCAGUUGAUUAUUCGGUGAUCGAGUCGGAAUUUUGCUUUAAUCAUGGCACUAGACCUGAAGAUGGAAAUAUCGCAAGUGGGUUCUCAGACGAGCACCAUAAGCCCCCAGCCCCUGCAGCCUGCUAUACCACCCUCCGUGACUCUGGGGCUGACUACUGUUUACACUGCACUUUACGGCCUCCUGUUCCUCCUGGUCUACAUCCAGCUGUGGCUGGUAUUACACUACAAACACAAGAAGUUCAGCUACCAGACGGUCUUCCUCUUCUUGUGCCUCCUGUGGGCUGCCCUGAGGACGACGCUGUUCUCGUUCUAUUUCAGAGACAUUAUCAAAGCGAACUCCCUCGACCCCUUCUCCUUCUGGUUACUGUAUUGCUUCCCGGUGUGCCUGCAGUUCUUCACCCUCAGUCUCAUGAACAUGUACUUUGCUCAGGUGGUUUUCAAGACGAAAGCUAAGUAUUUCCCCGAAAUGGCCAAGAAGCUGCUCCCAAUACGACUGGUUUUCCUGGCGGCAAGUCUGGUGUUUCUGACAGUGAAUCUCACUUGUGCCUUGCUCGUGAAGGUCCAGCACGAGGAGACCAAAGCCAUCGUCUUGGUACGGGUAAUCAUCAACGACUCCCUCUUCGUCAUCUGCGCCGUCACACUGGCAACGUGCCUCUACAUCAUCGCUAAAACUUCACCUUCAACCAACAUCUACCUGGAGUCCAAGGGAACAUCAGUGUACCAGACCACAGCUGUAGGGGGAUUAGUUAUCCUGCUCUAUGCAAGCAGAGCCUGUUAUAAUCUAUAUGCCGUCAUGCGUUCACCUGCCACUCACGUGGACACCUUUGAUUAUGGCUGGUACAAUGUUUCUGACCAGGCUGAUCUCAUGUCAAAUCUCGGGGACAAAGGCUAUCUGGUGUUUGGUUGCAUCCUCUUCUUCUGGGAGCUGCUGCCGACGGCCGUGCUGGUUUUGUUCUUCCGCGUCCGGAGACCGACCCAGGACAUGGCCGGCUCUGGAAUAUUAAACGGUCGGAGCGUUGCACCCUGCUCCUAUUUCUUUGACAACCCCCGUCAGUUUGAAGGAGAUGAUGCGGUAUGGGCCCCAGGGUCACAGAGUGAACAGGGCAGUUCUGAAGAAGGGUCUCGGCCUGAAACAUCAACUGUGUGUUCGCCUCUUUCACCUCAAGACAGUUUAUCCAGCAGCCUCCAGCGCAACGGCUGGUACGGGACUGAGCAGCGCCACUGCGAGCCAACCUGGUACGAGGGUGGAACCCAAGGUACCACUGCACCUCUACUCUUCACCAGAGACCAUAUCCAAGGCACCAACUACUACCACACAUUCUACUCCACCCCACAGACGUAGGACCUUGAAGUAUUCCACGGCUUCACUCCGUAAACCCUCCAAUUCGACGAGAGGCUUCUUUUUUUUAUUUAUUACUGUUGUAGACUAAUCAUCGUUUGCAUUUGCAGCUGGGACUGCUGUCUGAUGCUAAGCACGACAGCCAAGCAUAUUAUUUUGCCAGGCUUUUACUGGCUGCCGAGGAAGAGAGGGGACCAUAUGGUGUACAGCGCCGUGACGUGGAUGCUUCUUAACAGUCAAUCUCAGCUGUGACAGAGUAGCUGCCGUCAAUUGCCAGAGCAGGGGACACAGUGGAGGACCAAGCAGGCUUGAACUUUUCUUUUCCCCCAUCAAGUCCGUUCGAUUUGCUUCUUCCUCCAAUGUUGAAGGCACUGGGCUGUACUGUUCUGAGUUGGAUGAUCAGCCAUGAUCAUACUGAAUGGUGGUGCAGGCUCGAAGGGCUGAAUGGCCUACUCCUGCACCUAUUUUCUAUGUUUCUACAUGAAGUUUAAAAAAAAAAGCUCGGAAGACCCAGCAGGUCAGGCAGCAUCUGUGAAAAGAUGAACACUCGAACCUCAGAUGACACACCGUCCUCGCAAUGGAUGAAACAUUAUUGUUCUCCUUCUCUUCCCAUAGGUCUGCCUGACCCUCUUGAGUUUCCAUCAUCUUUUGGUUUUAUUCCGGCGUCCAGUCAUUGUUAUUUCUCAACAUGCCUCCACCUGAGGAGGUUGAGUUGCACUGGGUAUGAAAUCAGCUAUUGUUGGCUUUAGUCGGAGCCGCCUAUCUGGUUUAUAAUGGACAGGAAAAUCUAUUUCCCCUUGUUCCAUUUCUUCCCCUACCACUGCAUCUAAUUUCACCUCUAAAGUUUGCAGUUGUUCUCACCGGAGUGCUGGCGUUCACCUGGGUUUUAAUCAUGGUUCUGUGGAUUUUAUCUGCUGAGCAGCAUGUGACAACGCAGUGGGUUAGCGGGUCAUGUGACAACGCAGUGGGUUAGCGGGUCAUGUGACAACGCAGUGGGUUAGCGGGUCAUGUGACAACGCAGUGGGUUAGCGGGUCAUGUGACAACGCAGUGGGUUAGCGGGUCAUGUGACAACGCAGUGGGUUAGCGGGUCAUGUGACAAAACUCCAAUAUUGCAUAUAUAUAAAAUGAAAGCAGAGGAAGGUUAGAAGCGCCAAGAUGGGCCGGGUGGUUUCUGUGUAAAGGUGGGUCAGGUAGAAUGUACACUGUAGAGGGAAAUGUAAUUAAUGGCUCACAUUGACUUUUCAUCUGAGCUGCACCAUUCGGUAUCGAGCCACUUAACCAGUGCAUUUCACGAGCCAAAAAACCAUGAGCGACCAAAAUAAAAGCAACUUACUGAACUGUGUGGGCACUAAGUUACAGAGGGCUCAAAGUUAAAAGUCUGGAGUGGGAACGGUGAGGGAGCUAGAUGACGCUGGGGGAGGUGGGCGUUUUGCUUCUGGCUUGUUUGAUUGGUGCCACAUCUUCCUGCAAGAUCCGAAGGACAUGGUGGGUGAGAUCUGUUGUCCACGUAACCACGUGCAAUUCGGUGGCAGUGAAACGUGAACCUGGUGUAAAAUGGUUGUCGACGCGGCUGGUUGUGGGUCUGAUUGUCCUGCACUUGCCUACUCCACCUCCCUCUCACGUCCACACAUACCCCACAGCAGUCAGGCUCACCAGAUCAUGGAAGACGCCAAACAUUAGAUUCCUGUUUUUAUCACACUAGGACGGGGUCGCCAACAGCGAGAGCAUCAUUCCUUUUUACAGUACUAGUUGAAAUUAUGUCAACUCUUUACAGGAUAGGAAUAAACCUGGAGCCCUGGUUGUCGUUGUGGCACCUUCUCCUAUUGCAGAAGAACUACCACGUUAAAGCCAUGAAGCAAGAUUUGGGGAGGGUCGGGGGGUGUGGGAAUAGGAGGUGACAGUCCACGUGAUGACCUGACAUCGAAUUGAAGCAGGUUUUCGCAUGAAAAAAAUCUUUUCAUAUAGUCCGACACUGCAAGCCUUUUCAAGUGGAGGCACUGCAUACUGAGCCUUCCAAAUCUAUAUAGAUAUACUGUAUUUUCCAAGUCAUGCCCUGCUUUAGGACCAAUAACUGAAGACUUGUUUGCUGUUUUUCACUCCAUAUAAUGACAUUUGCACUUGCUGCUCUUACAGAGGUUUGACAUGAGAGGGGUUGUGUUUGAAUGGAGCAGCUGAUUCUGCUAUUUAUCCUAAAUGUUUACUUCCUAUAGAAUAUCUUGUUCCUGUCGCUGCCUGAUGAGGCAGGUGAGUUUCUCCAGAAGUGAAAUGUGGAUUAUGACAACACGAAUGUGCUGUCCACUCUCUUGACUAGAAAGCCCACAUUCACCAUCACCCCCCACCCGACUGUAACGGUCAGACAAGACGUGCGGGCUUGGCUAGUGAUUGAGACCAAGGAACUUAACUAUUGCAAGUUCCGCCUGCUGCCACCUGGCGGACACGAGAUAACAUGGCGCAGGUUAGGCGUCGUGCAUGGGCCAUUCCCAAUUUUAAAAUGCCUGCACUUUUUGUCAUCUCUGGUUUCUCAACAUUCCCAGAGACCUGUCUUGAGCUCCUCGUAAUAAGGGGCUCGAGUUGGCUAACUUUUUUACCUUUAUUUAACUUUCCCUCAUUGCCUCGUGUCCUUGAUGAGUUUCUUCGUCGCGGUGCAGGCAGUAGCCGAGGUGGCCUACUUGCCCCAGUGGCACUGUGAGUCAGAAUAAAGCACUGAGUUUAUGCUUCCUUUCAUUUUCUAUCCAAGUGUGUAUAAUAUAUUUGAAUUCUUUUGAUAACCUGUUAAAACAGUUUAAAAUUGAUACUGGUUACUGAAUUAUAACUCAUGGAAGGUAUUUUAAUAAAAAUUCUUGCCAAUACCUGGGGAGGUGUAUCAUUCCACAAACGAAUUCAGAUCUCUGCAAACAUCUGGUCUCUAUUUAGUUGUCUUGGUUUUCCCCGAGUGUACAGAUCCACUUACAGAGACAUUUAGAUAUAGCAUAAAGCUUGACGGUGGUCUCCAUUAUUUGACACUUGUCUUCAGGGGCCCAUGAGAGUUUGGAUCUUCUAGGUGACAGGUCUUGGGUUUUGUCUUGCAUUAAAGUGUCGACAUUCCACUGGAGGGACGCGUGCAAAAUGCUGGAGGAACUCAGCAGGU